UUAGAGAUCUCCAUUCGUCAAAGUCAUUAAAUUGCCAAGCAGAUAACAUUCGACAGAGAGCUAAAAGGCCAACUAUAUAAAGAACAACUCAUCUGGGGACGGUACAAUCACAUCAAAAUAUUGAGUUGAUACUUUCUUUGCUCUAUUGUUAUGAGUGAUGCUAUGGGUGAUUCCGAAGAGAUGAUCUAUGGUAACCUUGAAUUCCUUCGAGCCCCUAUGUGGGAAGGAAGGGUGGUACUAGAAUCUGAACAUGACGAAACCGGAGAUGAUGAUAUCAGUCACGAAGAAAUAGAUGUCAAUGAACUAGAGAAAAGGAUAUGGAGAGAUGCAAUACUCCUGCAACGGCUUAAAGCACAGAAAGGCAAGGAGGUGUUCGAUAGUGCUAAGCCACGUCAGUCCCAAGAGAAAGCACGAAGAAAGAAAAUGUCUCGGGCACAGGACAUAAUCCUAAAGUACAUGCUGAAAAUGAUGGAAGUAUGUAAAGCUCAGGGUUUUGUGUACGGUAUCAUUCCCGAGAAUGGAAAACCCGUCAUCGGAGCCUCUGACAAUCUUCGUGCAUGGUGGAAGGAUAAAGUUAGGUUUGACAGGAAUGGACCUGCUGCAAUCGCAAAAUACCAAGUCGAUAAUUCCAUUCUGGGCAAGAACGAAGAUAACAACUCAACUCCCCCCACCCACUCUUUGGUAGAGCUUCAGGAUACUACUCUUGGCUCAAUUUUGUCUGCUCUAAUACAGCACUGUGACCCGCCACAGAAGCGUUUCCCAUUGGAGAAAGGCAUUGCCCCACCAUGGUGGCCUACAGGAAAUGAGGAAUGGUGGCCUCAAUUAUGCAUCCCUAAAGACCAAGGAAUCCCUCCAUAUAAGAAGCCUCAUGAUCUGAAGAAAGCUUGGAAGGUUGGUGUCUUAACUGCUGUGAUCAAGCACAUGUCUCCUAACAUUUCCAAGAUCCACAAGCUUGUGCGGCAAUCCAAAGGCUUGCAGGACAGGAUGACAGCCAAGGAGAUUGCUACUUGGCUGGCAAUUAUGAAUCAGGAGGAAUCUUUAUCACGAAAGUCGUACCCUGAUUUGGGCCACUCAAAUUCUGUGAUUGGUUGCAACGAGUCAUAUUUCUUAUGUGAGACUACUGAUUAUAAUGUUGAUGGAGUGGAAGAUAUCCAGAAGAUUUGUAUUGAGGAGUGUCAGCCUCAUGAUGCCAACCUCUUUAACUUGGGAACUGCUGGACCCAACAAUAGGCUGAUAGUGCCACCGGUUGCUCCAGUUAAUGGAGAGCUUGUUGACGGAGUCAUCAAAUUUGUGCCAAAAAGAAAACAACCAUCUAAUGCACCGCUCAUGGCCAUGGGAAAAAAGGUAUAUACAUGCAUUUAUCCACAAUGCCCGCAUAAUGACCAUCGAUUUGGGUUCUAUGACAUCAAUUUAAGAAACAAUCACCAGAUCAGUUGCUCACACCAAAUUGAUUCUUCUCAAGGGCUCUCUAUAGAAACCUUCCAGAUCGACAAUGAUGAUACCACAAACUUUUCUAUGCCUUCUGCUCAACCCAAUCCAACUGACCAUUCUACUCGAGGGCUCUCUGUAAAAACCUUUCAGAUCAACAAUGGUAAUAUCGCUGCCUAUUCUAUGCCUUCUGUUCAACCCAAUCCAACUGACCAAUUGGUGAAAAAUCAAGCUCCUGUAAAUGAUUUUGUGGUUGGCCUUCCGAACGACGGGGAGAAGAUGAUUUCUGAACUCGUGUCUUUCUGCGAUAAACAUAUUUACCAGAAUCAAAACCUCGGCAAUAAUACUCUUGACAUUCUAGGAGAUCAUAUUCACCAGAAUCAGAACCUCGGCAAUGGUAAUCUUAACAUUCUAGGAGAUCAUAUUCACCAGAAUCAGAAUCUCAGUGAUGGUAAUCUUAAUAUUCUUGGAGAUCAUAUUUACCAUCAGAACCUCAGCAAUGGUAAUCUUAACAUGCUUGAAGAUCAUAUUCACCACAAUCAGAACCUCAACAAUGGUAAUCUUAACAUUCUAGGAGAUCAUAAUCUGCAGCGGCAAAUGUCUCAACUUAAUAAUAACCUUUUCGGACCGGGUAUAGUGAUGAAAGGUAAUAUUUCUGAAGAAACAAACAUGCCCUUGAAUCAAUCUGUGUUCCCAUCAACACAUUUACAGUUUGGUCAGCGUGAAGAACAUGAUCCAAUCUUUGAUUCUAAUCCCAAUGAAAACCCCUUGGACUUACAAUUUGAUUCGCCUUUCAAUUUAGCGGCAGCUGACUACACUAUGGAUUCACUUUCAGAGCAUGACGGGUCUUUGUGGAAAGGCUGGGGUAGUUCAUUCGACGGUGGACUCGGGUAAACUUCUGAAGGUUGUUUUGUAUUGUAUCAUUAUGCUAGGGGAAGCCUCUCGCCUAUGUUAGUUUUUAAUUACUACUUAUUAUUGUCGUCAAAUAAAUUUCCGAACUUGGUCUCUUCCUUCAAGUUUAUAUCGAAUUCGGGUCUGUCUAGGUUUUUUCAAUCUGGGUAGGAACAACUCCAGAUUCCUUAAUGUAUUCUGGAUAGUUUGUAGUCAGUUUUCAGGGUAUGCACUACAAGUCGAAACUGGCUUGCAAACUACAAUAGUAAAAUAAAAUAUAUGAAUGAAGUCUACCUAGAGUAUCCUCUCUUUGUAUGCUUAACAUUGCUCCUACAAAGCAUUGGUAGUAUUAGUAGCUUAAAGAUGCAUACAGUUUGUCAAUUUCAUCCCCAUUCCUAUGA